AAACCCGACCACAACCGACGCGAACGGUGAUGUCACGCGCUCACAACCAAAUGCGGAGGGUGCGAAAAUUAGAAUCGAACAAGAUUAGAGGCGAGCGCGAAUUUCCGAUGCGGCCUUAGUCAUUGAGUCGUUAGAUUUGGUAAAUAUUGAAGUUUAUAGUGGGUACAUAAACGCGGCGCCUCAGCCCCCGAACAAACAGUGUCACUCGUAAUUCAUACGAUAACAGUUCCGCGACGUAGAUUUGCAGCAUCAGUCGCGCGUGUUGCUACUGUUCUAGUGCUCUGGUGUUGCUCGCUGCUUGUGUGUCGCGCAACAUGUCCAGUGGUCCGGGAUCCACGCCAGACGUAUCGACCAUGCGGUGUUGCGGCUGCGGCGCGGAGAAUAUCUCGGGCGGGGAGGCGCGGGGGGAGACGCUGCGCGUGUGCGGCGCGGAGGCGGCGGGCGCGGCGCUGCUCGUGCUGCUGUCGUGCCUGCCCGCCUGCCUCGCGCCCGCCGCCGGCUCCACGCACAGCGCGCUAGCCGCGGGCUUCGUCGUCGCCAUGCUCGUACAGUGCUUCGACCACAUCUCGGGCGCGCAAAUGAACCCGACGGUGACGCUGGCGUCUAUGGUGUGGGGCCGCGUGAGCGGCGCGCGCGGACUCGCCAUGAUGGCGGCGCAGCUCGCGGGCGCCACGCUCGGCGGCGCCGCGCUGCACCUGCUGCAGCCCGCCGACACGCCCGCGCUCUGCGUCACCGCGCCCGCGCCACAUCUCUCCGUCUACAAGGCGGUGGCGCUGGAGGCGGUGCUGGGCGGGUGUCUGGCGCUCGCCAACUGCGCGUCGUGGGACGAGCGCAACCUGCACCUGCGCGACUCGUGGCCGCUGCGCGUGGGCGUGUCGGUGGCCGCCAUGUCGCUGGUGGCGGGCGACCUCACCGGCGCCAGCAUGAAUCCUGUGCGCAGCUUUGCGCCUGCGCUCUGGAGCGGCGUCUGGCAACACCACUGGGUGUACUGGGCCGGCCCGCUGAGCGGCUCGGCGCUGAGCACGGCGCUGUACGUGGCGGUGUGGCGGCCGCGGCCCACGCACGCGCCGCACGCGUCCCACGCGCCUCGCCCGCCCCGCGCGGCACACGUGCGCCGCUCAAUGGAUUCGCUGGACGCGCGCGCCAUCGUCGUCAAGACGCAGCGCGACGGGUGAGCCCGCGCGCCCGACUUUCGUUCUCCUUUAUAAUUAAUAUUAUAAUCUUACUUAAUCUAAUCAU